GUGAUAUAGAUCAUACGGCUUUAAUAUUUCCUCAAACAUGACUUUUUUCCUUUGUCUAAAUUUGUGAAUGUAACACAAUAGAUCGAAUUAGGCUUAUUUCGAUACUGUCCUACUUCUUUUGAAUCUGUCUCAUACGGUCACAUGUUGCAGAAAAGGGUGGCAGUAGAAGAAGACUAAUGAACACCAUUGCAGAUUUCCCAUUCCCUCCUACAAGGUAUAACUUGUCAGAUUCCAAUUGCAUAAAGUUUUACUUGGCGCCAAUUUGACCUUCUAUAAAUGCUUUAGGCCUUUUCUGUUUAGAAUGUACAUCCUAAAGUUACAUGAAGGAAUAGAAAGACAAGGAGAGAACAAGAGAAAGACGUAGCUAGACGUACACCAAAAGUACUUGUAAGCCUGCAAGGUUCCCAAAUCAUUAGCCUUAGCCUUUGAGUCUUUGCCAUUUCAACACUCAGCAAGUGAUGGAAGAUCAGUGCAAUCCUUUCAGCUGGGAUUUUUGCUAUGAGGAAGAGGGAAUGGAAGAUCAUUUAAGGCAUUCUCUUCUGUACACAACCUUGGAGCUUGAGACAACAAUUGCAUCAGCAAAAGAGAAGAUUUCAAGGAGAGACGAAGAAGUUGUUCAUCUCAAAGAUCUCCUAAGUAGAGUCAUCAAAGAGAGAGAUGAGGCCAAAGCCAUAUGCCAAAGGCUAGUGUUGGAGAAGCUCAUGCUCCAACAACAACCGCAAAAACAACAAGAACAAGAAGUGUUUGCUCCUCAAAAUCAUGAGGAUGAGUCGAAAGGCAGUGACUCUAGCAGGCACUACUUUGCUGCAGCUUUUUCCGACUCCGAUGAGAACAUCAUUUCAUCUCCAGAUGCAGCAGAGCCAGUUAUGUCACAAGAUGUCUUAGCACAACUAUUAGUUGAUCAGAAGGCAUUGCCAGAGAAAGGGAAGCUUUUACAAGCAGUAAUUGAUGCCGGACCGCUCCUUCAAACUCUUCUGCUGGCCGGAUCUCUUCCUCAAUGGCAACAUCCACCUCCCCAGCUCAAGUCAACUGAGAUUCCACCAGUGACUAUUUCUCCUCCAACACCACAACUUCUGCAGCACCAGGACUCCUGCAUUAGUACUAGUAGCAACACUAGUUUCGGAAGCAAAAGAAGCCUGUUGGUGCAUAGUGAUGGUUCUGGUUCUAAUUCUGAUUCUUCACCCAAGACCAAGUAUCAAAAGAUUGUUCUCUAUUGACCAAUUAUGCUACUAAUGCAUGUGUACAUGAUUUUCUAAGGCUCCCCAUUUCUUUCUUACUAUCAAACAAGCAAAAGUAUCAGCGAGAAAUGGAGGAAUACUACUAUGAGCUAGAAAUGUUCAGACUGCACCGAAGUCUUAGAAUUGAAAUCCUAACUUCUAUAGCAUUAGUCGGAUCAUC